AUGACUAUUGACCAUGGUGGGGAGGGAACUCAUGAUGGGGAAGCUUUUGCUUCCGAAAGGUUAUUCCAAAGUUAUAUGAUGCCUUCCCUAAAACUGUUUGAUACACGAGUCUCUAUAAAUCAUUGGCAGUUGAGAAACUGCAUAAAACACUCAUCAAGGCAUCCCGGGAAACUAUACUACAUUUUCGAUCACAGCAUUCGAGUUUUAGACACGAGGCCCAGCAUUUCGGCUCCAUCUAAGACAAUCUAUCAGAAGGGCCGCGAAAAAGUAUCCCGUGGGAGGCGAAGCAGCGUUCCGAACCGGCCGAAAGGCGAGGAGCAACACACACCGUCCCACAAAGUCGUUGAGCUCGAUUUCAAAUCGCGGUGUUUCGAUGAAAAGAACGGCCUGAUUGCAUCCGGAGGAUUGAUGGGACCAGACGACAAUGGCAGCUUGGGAGAAAGUCGACAUGUGGUCACGCUGAGCGAUCUGACCGAAAGCGACUCCAACUCGCAAUCUCAAAACGUCGAGCCUAUUAGGAUAGCGGAUCCGAGCAUUCUAAAUGAACACUCAAGUUAUAGCAACGAAGCAUCCUGGAAAGGUACUCUUUCCCUGUACAACGAAGACACAAAUCGUUGUUUGACAUACAGGCUGGGGCAGUACAUCAACAACUGCGUUACAAUGUACCAACGAUCAAACCAACAAUAUGAUUUAUUUGCAUGCAACAAUGAUGCGCAUUUAUAUCAAUGCGAUAUCAGUAAUCGCGGCGUCCAACUCACAAAAAGAUACUCGGAUCUAAAAUUUCCGUUGAACAAUGCAUGCAUCUCUCACGACGGCCAAACACUCAUCACGUCGGGAGAUUCGAGUAAGUUUGCAGUAUACCAGCACAACGAAGCAACGGGGUUUUUUUCCCUCCAAUAUGACACCCAACCGGAAUGGGGCAGUUCAGUUGUACGCAUGAAAAGGAUCCCUAGGUACGCAAUGCCGGAUUCUUCAGGUUUUGUUGAUCACAUUUAUGAAGCAAGUGGAGGCGAUCAUGGUUUUCACACCAGUUUUAGUGAAAAUGAUCUUCUAUUUGCCACGGUAUUCCAGAAUGGGACUUGCUUCUUGUACGAUAUUCGCAAGAUGGAUGCUCCUUUGACACAAAUUUCUUCCACCAGAAAGCACGCUCAAAAUGGCGCAUUUAGGGUAUGCAAAUUUAGCCGGGGUUUAGACGAUUUAUUGUUUAUUUCAGAACAUCAAGGACGCGUUCACGUUGUUGACACGAGAAACUUUUCUAAUCACCAGGUCAUCAUUGUACCAGACAGAAUAACCACGAGUACAGAUCAAAAUUUUCCACUUAAUGCAAGGAGAAGUUCGUUGCCUGCCCAAUUUAGCAACCGCUUCGUAACAUCUGCGACUCAAAUUCCGGUGAGCGAAAUGGCUCCCAUACUCCUCCCUUUCCCCAAAGCUGUCAAUUGUAUUAGCAAUAAUUUUAUGGAACCGUUGUAUCCCCGAGAGACUCAAGAGGGAGAUAACCUAAGGCAGCCUUUUAGAGUAAGGAGAGUUUCGACAUCUCAGCCCUCUGCAUUUGCCUGUUUAGACUCCAUCGAUCCGACGAUAUUAGAGGCGCGCUAUUCUGAACAAAACUAUCGUGCGGUAGACAAUUAUAACUAUCUUUCUUCCACUUUGAGAAGAGAAAAUACUUCCAACUCUUCUUCCUUGAGCUUUAACGAUAGUGAAACCGAUGACAGCUCCUCUGAGGUUGUACACGAGUCAGCCGAAGCGUACGCAAGGCCCAGAAAUCAUGUUUUCGAACCAGUACUUGCCCAACAGGGAGUACUCGCGUCAAGACAAGGUGAAUUUUCAUCACCUCUUGAGACGGAUGCGCUAUAUCCGAUGGAGGAAAACCAUAUUUCGGGCAUUGAUUGGAUGGAUGAUGCGGAAGGAAGCGCUUUAGUCGUAGGAACAGGCUAUGGAAUUAUGAAGUGGAACAUCAAUUCAUGGGCUCGUAGAAGCUUUUCCAGUUAUGACUUCUGCUAG